AUGCAGGCCUCGAAUAAACCCGCGAGCGCGUCCGCCUCCCUUGCUGCCACCAAGGCCUUCCUCCGCGACCGUGAAUCCAAUGGCGCUUUGUCCAAUGCCGCGGCGGCGGCUGCCCUUCGCACUCACACCACGACUCCGACCCCCGUCGGCGAGACGGUGACGAAGCGGAUGGUACGGAAAGGCUCAGUAUCCUCUCAAGGCAGCGGCAGCCAGCAACGUCCGGGCUUGCGCCGACAUUCAAGCUCUGGUUCCAUGACUGAGCGCUCGUUUCGUGCUCCAUCCCCGAGCAGGAGCAGCCCAGUCGAUCCCAAUGCGCCUCCGGUUCCGGCUGUACCGAAGGACGUCCCCCAAGUCAGCGUCGUACACCGACGAAAUGCGAGCCUUGAGCCGCCGGCACGUGGAGGGUCACCCGUCGGAAGAGGUGGAGGUCGAGGGUUGAGCUUGGAUCGGGGAACAUCCAACGCCGGAAAUCGCGGUCGGGGGCAACCGCGAGCGCCGGCCCUCUCCAGAGUGGUAGAGGAUGAGCAAGAUGGAGCACAGAGGUCCUCUAUCAAUUUCUCCCGUCCCAUUUCUCCUCCAGUGGCAUCAUCGCCCACACCAAAACCAGUGGCCUCGGCACGCGCCGGACAAAGCGGCUGGUUCGGCGGUCCGGUUGUAAACACAGAACAAUCUUUUAGAGGUGAAAAAUCGCGACCGAAGACGUCGGAUGGCACCUCUGCGUAUGCCACUCAGCAAGCCGCCCAGAACGUUCAGAAUGCCGCGGUUCGGCCCGUCUCGACCAGAGCAGCACACAUGUCGACUGGCGUGGAAGGCGCACGACUGGCCACGGGUAGCAUGCGAGCCAAACCGAGCGGAGGAGCCGUACAAUCGCAGCCGACGUACACCGCGGCCAAAGACCGCCCGGUGCGUAUCGUGGAUCCCAAUUCGCCAUUCGCCGUAUAUGACCCGUCAAGUAGGAAGUUCAUCCAUAAGCAGGAUGCAAUGAACCUGCACCGGGCGAUGAGUGACGCAGAAGAUCCUGCACCGCCGUAUGAGCCUCAGCGAGCAGUACAUCAGACCCACUACGAGGCACCACAAUUCAGUCAGCCGGCCAGACAAGCUCCCCAGAUCAGGGACAUAGCUCCGCGGUACGCUAGCGCCUCCCCAACACCUGAGGCUCCACAGCCAGCGUCUUACACGGAGUAUGCUGAGGAUCCUGCUCCUGCUGCAAGUCCUAGACAGCAUGGUGUUGCAUUUCCUCAAGAUGAACCUGCUACGUUCACAGCGCAAGAUUUCACUGAAGUAGAAGACCGAUUCCCCGCAGGCGCAAACACCAGUCGAAAGUUGGAGUCUCCCUCUCCUGAGCCGAUUGAAGAACCUGAAGAUACUGUAUCACCCAAAUUCGCCCCAAACCAAGGCAGCUCUUAUCCACACCUUGCACCACCGGCCCCAUCUGGCCCUCCGAGUACGCAGGGAAGCGAACGGUCUGCGAGGACGCAUUCGUUGAGCCCUCCGCGCAGUGCGCAUUUCGCAGCAGUUGCUGCGGACCUAUCAAAUGGCAUCAAGCACCAACCGCCAGGCCGUUCAGUGUCUCCCGCAAAGUCCGCCCUGAAAGCCUCGCCAUCAGUAUCUGGUCGAAGCCAUUCGCCGCUCGCCAAUAACGGUCGUAUGGUCAACCGAGGAGCACCAAGCCUGGCGUCCGACGCCGCUUCGGAAGACGGUGGAAAGAAAAAGAAGAAGGUUCGCAUCAGCUUCGAUGAGGAACCCACAGUGGUCGAUAUUCCACCAUACGGCGAUUCUGACGUGUCACAUCUGCCGGUUGCGGAUGAUCUGGAUUCAGAAGAGGAUCUCGACGACAUUCUGAAGCCCACUCCAGUGCUUCCAUCAUUUGGUAGUAUUCGGGACAAGAAUCGCCGCUCAAGGGACGACCCAGAAAAGGUCACGGAAACCGUGUCUUCGUCGCUGUCGAAUUCUGCUACGCUGAUGGGAGAGUCAGAGCUUUCGAGCGACCACAAAAUCGGCGGCAUCCUUGCCCAGGACUUUGCUGCGAAGUCAGCGGAACACUCAUCUGGAAAUGAUCCUCUUCCGCCGGAGGUAACGUCCGUGGAGGGCAGCGGCUACUACUCAGAAUCAAGUGAAAGCGAAGCUGACGUGCCCAUCGUUGAACCUCACAAGACACUCAAACCAGAAGGAGUGCAAUCAACACCGGAACCAGAACCGAAAACCUUAACUAAUCCUGUCGAGACGCGUGCAGCGCCGCUCGAAGUACCAAUUAUUGCGGUGCAACCGGCCAGUCCUCCCAUUCCCCAGGAACCUGCGACCCAACCGUCAUAUAUUACUCAGCCGGUCGUGGCACCUCAGCCUGCACCGAAAGCACCACGUCCAUUCGUACCGGGUGGAUGGGACGACGAUGAUGCCUCGGAGCCUGAAGUCGAAGUCAAGGCGCCUGAGCCAACUUAUUCGGCCCCUAGCCAGCCAUCCAUUACAAUCCAGAUACCUGAGCGUCCGGUCGACGACGAUUCUUCCGACGAUAACAGCAGCGUCUACAGUGACGCUUACGAAGAUCUCGAAGAGGGCGAGGGCUUUGCCUCCAUUGAUGCAAUCAUGGAAAGUCCUAUCGUAGCACCAACCUCUCGGUUCGCAUCAAACAACUCCUCCCCUAACACAUAUAAGACGGGACUUGAGAGUUCAAGGUGGGCUCCCACCAAUCCAGACGACAUUCAAGAAAGGGUUAUUCAGGACCAACGGAAGGCGCAGCCUAACAAUGAUUGGGAGACUUCUCAGCAGUCUUGGAGCGAAAUGAAUGACUCGCGAAAACCGCAGCCUCAAUCCGGGCUACUCAUCAAUAAUCUCGCUGCAGUAGAAGAGCCGAAGAGCGCUCCCCGGACAGCGGCACCUGCCACGCAGACAAGAGCCGAGCCCAAGCCUACUCUGCAGGAAGUGUCUGUACCAAUACCUGCGAAAUCGAAAGAGCGUAGAGUCAAGGUCGAGCCUACCGUCGCUCAAGUUAAAGCGCCUCCCACACAACCUGCGAAGACGGCAGCACAACCUCGCAAAUCCGCUUUGAAAAAGGCUACGCCUACUUCGCCCCCAGCUGAGGUUCCUUUGAAGAAGACGAUGCGUGACCGCGCACCAGUUUCAAAUGGCCCUGAACCCCAAAUGCGAAUGACCAUGCGUGGAGCUAGCGGUGGAUUUGCCGGCAGAGGCUCAUCCGCACCAGCUACGCAGCGACAGAGCAUGCCGCCACUGGAUACUAAGCCACCCAGAGGUGCCCUGCAGAAGAGACAUCUUCCGGCGGCGGCAGCUGGUGCAGCAGCCAGACCUCGACCACAAAGCGCUUCAGGUGUCCCUGCUAAACCCAAAGCUUUCGUCCCCCCGGCGCCGACUUACGAUAGCGACUCUGAUGCCUCGGUCAGCAGCUUCCAGCGUGAGCGCCAGCGGAAUCGUGCAUCACGGAGUAACAACAACGGCGGCCAAUAUACCAUGCGUGCAUCCAUGCGCUCGGGUCCCACACCAACGAUGCGGGCCGCGCCUCCUGUACGAUCGAUUUCGCCCCCUCGCACUGCAACGUCACCUCCGCCAUCAACGCUCAGGAAGUCUAUGCGACCUUCUUCUCCGACACCGGAAUCACCUGAGAAGGUGAAGUCCUCUCGCUUUAGCAUAAGAUCUUUAUCUCCUGCAGGCCGUUUCAGACGUAGCAGUACCUUCGAUGCCGCACCACCCAUGCCGCCUCCACCUGUACAGGCUCCUCCGCCAAAGGCCAAGAAGUCGAUGUUCGCCAAAUCAGCUCCUGCAAAAGCCCCAGCAAAGGCAACAAAGGCAGCAAAGCCUUUCAAGAGCCGAAUCAACGACUCCAGUGACGAAGAAGAGGACCGACCACGAAGAUUCCAGAGCAGAUUUGCAGAUUCAGACUCAGACUCAGAAGAUUUCGAGCUUCCUACCGGUCUUACACCAGUCCGAGGAAUUCCGAAACGUUCCGGCGAGGAAGACGGCGAUUCUACGGAUCUCGAAGACGAGGCGAGCGACAACGAACCCACACCAGCACCAGUCACGAAUGGCAAUGGUAAGGGCAAGAGUGCGACCACCAAUGGAUCGACCAAUGCGCAGGGUGCAAGUCUUGCGGCAGGGUCUCUACGCCAGCCGGGGGCAGUCCCGCCUUUAGAUGCUGGACAGAAGAAGCCAAAGCGAGGCUUGUUCGGCUUUGGCAAGAAGAAGAACUCUUACCUUGCCGACGCGAACAGCAGUACUCAGCCUGCGGACUUCGGGAUUCCCAUGCCUCCAGCGCAGCAGAAUCGUGAUCUCAACCGACCGCUUACCCCGAUCGGUGAGCUCGACGACGUUGACGCUGGCAACGCGCCAAUGAACCCCCCUCCAAAGUCGGGUCGUCGCACACCACUCGAGCGUUCGACCUCCGACUCGUGGCCACUGCCGUCUCCCACUCCUGCCUUUGCACAGGACGAACGACCCCAGAGCGCCGAUGGCCCUGUCAAACGAAGACUAUCUUCUGGCCGACCCACUCUCGUCAAACGAAACCCUUCUCAGCUGUCGCAAACACAUACCGAGCUUGAUCCGAAGACUGGCAAAGAGGUUUCCUUCGGGAGGACAGGCAAAAAGAAGAAGUUUCAAGGAUUGAGGCGGGUCUUGGGCCUCAACGAUUGA